CAUACGUCUCUAUCAGUCGCCACCAGCCAUGUCUUGCACUGAUAAGGACGCCAGUGUGUGUGUGUAAAGUGUUUACUUUGUAUCGUUUGUUUACUCUGUCCAUUGCAGUGCAGCAAUAAUCAAAUGCAGUUGAUUGACCUGACUUUAUUUUGAUCAGCUUUGUGUUCUCAGGUCUUCGGUAUGAAGACAGCUUUAAUACAUAUUUUUUUCAGUUUAAAUUAGAUCCUUGUUUGUCUGCAGUUUACCAUUAAAUCAACACCAUGCAUGUCAUACUACAUACUAAAUACAUUGGUGUAUAUGUAAAGGAGAGUAUAUGUUCCCUGUGUAGUUUGUUUUUUGUUUUUUAUCAGUGUGACAUGAAAGAAAAGACUUGAGUGAUGGAGGCAGAUAAAGAGCUGCGUGACGGAGCGAGAAGCUGACAUGUAGACGUCAGAUGUAAAAACUACGCCACCAGCAGACAAACACAGCAAGACAUCCAUGUGCCAAGAAUGAGUGAAACUCCAAAAGGACUCGAGCCUCAGCUAUCAUCAUCAUCAUCACAGCCAGAACCUGAGAGGGGGCUUCACCCCUCAGCUCUGUUUCAGCUGCAUCUACCCACCCAAGAACCUGCAGAGGCCAACCACCAACAGCAGCAACAGCAAACGGAGCUGGGGCUUCAGCCCCUACCAGGGACCAAUGUAGAGCAACAACAGGCAGAUGAACGGACUAAAACAGCAUGGAUAAAAUAUCAGUGUCCACUCUCGCUCUUCAUUCUGGGCUUCUGUUCAUGUGCUGCAAUCCUGGGAAUGACAUACUACCUACACCACUUUCUUCACAAGAACCAGGCAGCCGUCGUCACCCCAUGUUCCUCCCCAGCCUGCCAGAGGGCCUCAGCUCAUCUCUCCAUGGCUGCUGACCCCUUCACGCACCCGUGCGACUACUUCAUGUUCUCAUGUGGACCUGACAGUGAGGGACACCACCGAGGACAGAACAUGCAGGGGCACCAGAGAGCAAAGUCCAGAGGACGACAAAGCAAGACGAGAGAGGACCGACACGUCAAAGAGAAGAGCACGCUGGACAGGAAAACGGAGCUGUUUCAGUAUAUCAGGGAGAUUUUAGAAUCCAAUGACAGUCUCACAAGCUCAGCUGUGCAGAAGGCCAAAAGCUUCUACCGCUCCUGUUUGGACACCAGGUCCUUGGACACGGCUGGAGUGGAACCCUUCCUCACACUCAUCCAGAAGCUUGGAGGCUGGCCUGUGUCAGGCCAGUGGAAUCAGACUGACUUUAACGUCACCCUCAGCGUGCUGAUGAGAGACUACGCCACCUUCCCCUUCUUCAACCUCUAUGUCGGCAAAGACCCCAAUGACAAUGCUAGCAUGAUGACCAAACGAUACAUAGAGAUUGAUCAGCCAGACCUGUUGAUCCCCAUUGAAUGGAACAGCAAGACGCAGAAGUCUCAAGCUAGAACAGAGACACUCCGUCCUUUCUUGGCUUCGUGUCAGAGGUACCUGGCGCUGCUGGGGGCCCCGGCCAGCAACAACAUGAUCCACGUGGGGAUGUUCAUCUCUCUGUCUUCUGAGCUGGCCGUGGCGGCAACACCUCUGAGCCAUCGCAUGGCCAAAGGACAGCUCUAUCAGCGCAUGACCAUCAAGGAACUACAGCACAAGGCUCCAGCAGUGGACUGGUUGGGGUGCCUGCAGGCUGCUUUCCACCCGCAGCCCCUCAUGGAAGACGACCAUGUGCUCCUGCACAACUUGCCUUACAUCGUGCAGAUGUCCCGCACUAUUGCCAAGUGGCUGACCAGGCACGAGCUGAGCAACAGUGGCCCCCUCCACACCUUCAUGGUGCUGAACUUGCUGCACACCUUAAUGCCCGCCCUGGACUCCAGAAUCUCUGACACAGCCAAUAACUUGUCAGAGACUCUGGGCCACACAGGCGUUAGGCAACACAAUCUUCACUUUCAAAACACCUUCACCGUGGACGGUGGGGCUCUUCACCAAGCAGCCCCACGCUGGAAACGCUGUGUGCUAGAAACCGAGCGAGGGUUCCACAGGGUUCUCGCAUAUCUGUUUAGGGAGAACAUUUCAGGUGGAGAGGCAGAAGAGAUGAUUUACGACAUCCUGUCCUCCUUAAAGUCUCAAGUACACCAGCUCAAGUGGACAGACGAUGAGACUCUAGAGUUUGUUAUGAAAAAGGUUAAGUCCAUAACUCCGAGACUUGUAACUACAAAGGAAAUCUCCAAUGAGGCUGAGCUUGACCUGCUUUUUUCUCAGGUGUCUGUCCGCGUGCAGAGUUUCUUCUCCAACUACCUGCAGCUGCUGUCCUUGUGGCAAAAGAGACGCAGCAAACUCUUGAAUGAGCAGAAUGACGGCACUGAUAUUUUGUCCGUCUCGCCAUCUCUGCUGGGAAAUGACCUGAUCAUCCCCAUGGGGAUGUUUAUCCCUCCUCUCUUCCAUCCCACGUACCCAAGAGCUAUGAAUUACGGCGUGGUGGGCUUCCUUUUUGCCAAAGACGUCCUUCAUUUGCUUCUACCUGAGAUUUACUCCCAGAGUGAGUCGGUGCGCGCCGUGGGGGAGUGCGUGUGGUCCCAUUACCUCACUGUGACAGGCAAGGAGAAGAGCGCGCUUCCUCUGCCUGCAGCUCAGCAGCAGGAAGUGUGGCUGCAGUAUUCGGCGCUGCAGAUAGCACUGAAGGCUUAUAAGGAGAGCCUGACGAAGCAGCCGGCAGACACAUCAGUCUCUGGAUUCUCACUCACUCGGCUGUUCUUUAUGUCUUUUUCUCAGGUCAACUGCCACACUGACCCUGACCAUCAUUUGAUGCCAUUGGAGCCUUCCUUCCUGAUCUCAGCCAUUUGUGCCAAGUCCCGUCUUUGUCCGACCAACCUCGAGUGCCCCAAAACAACUCAGCGGUAUUUAGCACUCGGAUGCUGAGCGUGUUCAAGAACAAAAAGGCUGUAUCAUUGUAUACAUACACAAAUGUAUAAUAAUUCUGCAUAUUACCAACAGGAUGUGUAAGAUGUCUAUUUUGAUUUGCACAAUGUGUUCAAUGUUUAAUGGUCUUCUGUUGUAAAAUAAUAAACUGUCAAGGUCAAUUCACUUAAAAAGGAGCGCCUAAUUGAAUGUGCAGUAUGCAAGUCCUGCCUGGGCUCUCUGAGCUGAUGACAUUUUGUUGAUAAUGUGACACGUCUUUUGGUCGACAGACUUUUAAACAAAAUUUGACAAAAACUGCGUGCUCUAGCUCAGGGGUCCCCAACCACCGGCCGGGCCAAACUGGGCCGAGGAAACCUUUCAGGCGCAACGGUAAAAAAAAAAAAAAAACACACACACACACACACACACACAAAAAAUACAUUUGUAAAUAACUAAAUAACAUUUUAAG